AAUGAUACAUACACUAUUUAAUAAGUCUAUGAGUCCCAUGCACUUGACUUACGUAACGAGAACGCAUUCAUCAUCACCUCUCAUUUUCUCGUCUCCUCUUAAUUUUCAACUCUUUAAGCUCACAAUCUCCAUAUUUACAAAACUCUGUUUUUCAUUUUCUCUUUGAUCAAAAUCGCCGAUCACACCAUGCCGGGAAAUUCUCACCGCCGGGGAUCCGUCGUCAUAUUCACCGUGAUGAUGAUCACGUUGCUGACGUGUCCAAUACUCAUCAAGGCUUCAUCAUCAUCAGAUGCUUCUUUAGCAGCAAGAAAGCUCGAUGAGGUUGAUCCUAUAAAGUGUUCUCCAAGCUGCAUCCAAAACCCUCCUCCGCCGUCUCCUCCACCACCGUCUCCGCCACCACCUGCGUGUCCUCCACCGCCGGCUCUCCCACCACCUCCGCCGAAGAAAGUCAGUUCCUACUGCCCACCGCCUCCGCCGCCGGCUAAUUUCUUGUACAUCACCGGUCCGCCGGGAAAUCUCUACCCCGUUGAUGAGCAAUUCGGAGCGGCCGCCGGAAAAAGUUUUACGGUGGUGAAGCUCUCCGGUUUAAUCGCGUUUGGAAUUAUGGGGUUCUUGAUUCUUUGAAAUUAACAUGAUCGGAGAAAAAAAAAUUUGAAGAUCUGUUGGUAUGUUUCAGAUACUUUUUAAUUAGUUAUUGAAGAACGUUAUUGAUCGUUGGUUAAUAAUUUUUCUAGCUAGGAUCAUAUAUGUUUCAUCAUAUUUUCCUAUAUCCAAAUUUUCUAAUGGUUUUUUAACCAAGUUAAUAAGGUAUACGUAUACCAAAAUUUAUGUUAGAGAAAUAUGUAAAUUCUAGAAAUGUAUUCUCUUGAUGUGAUAUGUUCUCUGUUCAACUUGCCAUUGAAUUGAUUCUCAAAA